CCUCUUUAUAUAUAUAUAUUUGCAACCAUGGCAAGUCGUGUCCCAAACCCGCUCGGGGAGAUUGUAAAUGGUACCUCAGCUCAACGUCCGUCCCGGGACACUAGAUUAGUCGGCCGAUACGUGACGCUAGUUGGCUUGUCCGCAGCCCAUGCCGAUCCGCUGUAUCCACAUAUAUCCGGUCCGGAAAACGCACAUCUCUGGGAUUACAUGUUUGAGGGGCCGUACGACGAUAUCAACGUAUAUCGCUCCAGUAUAAAGGCCAAGGAGGCCAGCCAGGACCCAAUCUUCUAUGCCAUCCUAUCAAAUGGCAAACCUAUCAAGGCACUGGCAGGAAACGACGAGAAGAGCGGUAGGGUCGUUGGCAUAGCCAGUUAUUUGAACAUCGAUCCGGGACACCGCUCGAUCGAAGUCGGUCACCUCAUGUACUCGUCACAGCUGCAGCGCACACCUGGUGCUACCGAGGCUAUGUACCUAAUGCUACGUCACGCUUUUGACGACCUGGGGUACCGAAGGUACGAAUGGAAGUGCAAUUCGCUCAACGCGCCAAGUAGCAGAGCGGCCCUGCGUCUCGGAUUCACAUACGAGGGACUCUUCAGGAAACAUUUUAUCGUCAAGGGCCGCAAUAGGGAUACUACGUGGUAUUCUAUCAUUGACGACGAGUGGCCUAGUAUUAAGAAAGCGCUUGAGGCUUGGUUGGAUCCCGCCAACUUUGACAGCGAAGGUAGACAGCGGAAGAAAUUAGAGGAGUUUAGACAAUGAAGUAUGAAGUAUUGGGGCUGGUUAGAUUUAAAGGGGGCGCUCUAAGGGGUGAAGCCAAUACAGGCAGACAGGUCAAUCCGUUUCCUCUAGUUCAGCAUCAUGACUAUAGUCUAUUAUAGCAACCGUGACAGCAC